CUGACGCUUAGGGGUCCAUUUCCCUCUCCUUUCUUUCCCGGGUCGCGCGACCCUCCAGAGCCUUCCCCACCCUGCUGUUUGUGAGGAUCCCUCUCCUAGUCGCUCAGAGGAGGUGCCGCUCCGGCCUUGGGCGCGCCAGUACCCGGAUGUGGAGUCGCCGACGCCCGGAGGGGACUCCGUGGCUGGGCGGAGCGCGGCGGCGUGCGUGGGGCUGAGAGCCGCGGCCCCUGGGCUGGGGCGCUCGCCGGCCGCCGGGUGGUACCGCGGCUGCCCGCGGGGAGGAGGCGGCCCGGUCCUCGGGCGCCCACCCGAAGCGAGGGGCCGGGGGAGCCAAAAGGCCGGCAGUUAAGCUUGCCCCCCGCCGCCCUCGACGACCCCCCCUCGGGCUAGCUUCGCUCGGCUCCCCGCGCUCCCGGCCGGGGGAGAGCGCGGUUUCCUGGCGGCCGUCGCUGUAGCCCGGUCGGGAGCCGGGAGGAAGCGGAGGAGUCCCCGCCCACGGCGCCCUCCCCUCCGCCCGCCGCCGCCUCCGAGUCGCUGCGGUCCGGCGUCCAGUCUGAGCGGGGGCGCGGCGGCGGCGGCGGCGGCGGCGACGGCGACGGCUGGGGAGUGGCGGUGGGCUCGGCGGGGAUCGCGCCGCCGCCCCCGAGAGUCACCCCCACGUUCCCCGCGGCUCGCUGCCGCCCCCGCCGGCGCCGAGAGGCCGGCCCGGGCCCGACUCGCUCCCGGGGCCCCCGGCGGCGGCAGCGGCGGCGGCUGCAGCGGAGCCCACCGCUGGGGCCCCGAUGAGUAACUCCCGGAAUAACCGGGUGAUGGUGGAAGGGGUCGGGGCGCGGGUAGUCCGCGGCCCGGACUGGAAGUGGGGGAAGCAGGACGGCGGCGAGGGCCAUGUGGGCACGGUCCGGAGCUUCGAGAGCCCCGAGGAGGUGGUGGUGGUGUGGGACAACGGCACCGCCGCCAACUACCGCUGCUCGGGGGCCUACGACCUGCGCAUCCUGGACAGCGCGCCCACGGGCAUUAAGCAUGAUGGAACCAUGUGUGAUACCUGCCGCCAGCAACCAAUCAUUGGCAUUCGAUGGAAGUGUGCAGAGUGUACAAAUUAUGAUUUGUGCACAGUGUGUUAUCAUGGAGAUAAGCAUCACUUAAGGCAUCGCUUCUAUAGAAUUACUACACCUGGAAGUGAGCGGGUUCUAUUAGAAUCUCGUAGAAAAUCUAAGAAGAUUACAGCCAGAGGGAUCUUUGCAGGUGCCAGAGUGGUACGAGGAGUAGACUGGCAAUGGGAAGAUCAGGAUGGAGGAAAUGGACGUAGGGGGAAGGUAACAGAAAUCCAAGACUGGAGUGCAUCAAGCCCACAUAGCGCAGCAUAUGUUCUCUGGGAUAAUGGUGCUAAGAACCUUUACAGAGUUGGCUUUGAGGGCAUGUCUGAUCUGAAGUGUGUCCAGGAUGCCAAAGGAGGUUCUUUCUAUAGAGAUCACUGCCCUGUGCUAGGUGAGCAGAAUGGCAACAGGAAUCCUGGUGGGUUGCAGAUUGGUGACCUGGUAAAUAUAGAUCUUGACCUAGAAAUUGUACAGUCUUUGCAGCAUGGUCAUGGAGGAUGGACUGAUGGCAUGUUUGAGACUUUAACUACAACUGGAACUGUUUGUGGCAUUGAUGAAGAUCAUGACAUUGUAGUACAGUAUCCAAGUGGCAAUAGGUGGACCUUCAAUCCUGCUGUUCUCACUAAAGCAAACAUUGUCCGAAGUGGGGAUGCUGCUCAAGGUGCAGAAGGAGGCACCUCACAGUUUCAAGUGGGUGAUCUUGUACAAGUUUGUUAUGAUCUGGAAAGAAUUAAGCUUCUGCAAAGAGGACAUGGAGAAUGGGCUGAAGCUAUGCUCCCAACUUUAGGUAAAGUUGGCCGAGUACAACAGAUUUAUUCAGACAGCGAUUUAAAGGUGGAAGUUUGUGGCACAUCCUGGACAUAUAAUCCAGCAGCAGUUUCCAAGGUGGCAUCUGCAGGAUCAGCCAUUAGCAAUGCAUCUGGUGAAAGACUCUCCCAACUCUUGAAGAAAUUAUUUGAAACCCAAGAAUCUGGUGACCUCAAUGAAGAAUUAGUUAAGGCUGCUGCCAAUGGAGAUGUUGCUAAAGUGGAAGAUUUGCUAAAAAGACCAGAUGUGGAUGUAAAUGGACAAUGUGCUGGCCACACUGCUAUGCAAGCUGCUAGUCAGAAUGGACAUGUUGAUAUUUUGAAGUUACUUUUGAAACAAAAUGUGGAUGUAGAAGCAGAGGACAAAGAUGGAGAUAGAGCCGUUCACCAUGCAGCUUUUGGAGAUGAAGGUGCUGUUAUAGAAGUAUUACAUCGAGGCAGUGCUGACUUGAAUGCUCGCAACAAACGCCGACAGACACCACUUCAUAUUGCUGUCAAUAAAGGUCAUCUUCAAGUUGUAAAGACUUUAUUGGACUUUGGUUGUCAUCCCAGUCUUCAGGAUUCUGAAGGUGAUACUCCUCUUCACGAUGCAAUAAGUAAGAAACGUGAUGAUAUCCUGGCAGUCCUUCUGGAAGCUGGAGCAGAUGUUACCAUUACAAACAAUAAUGGAUUUAAUGCCCUACAUCAUGCUGCACUAAGAGGAAAUCCCAGUGCAAUGCGUGUUUUACUAUCUAAAUUACCAAGACCAUGGAUUGUGGAUGAGAAGAAAGACGAUGGUUAUACUGCCUUGCAUCUGGCUGCUCUUAAUAAUCACGUGGAAGUGGCUGAAUUGUUGGUACAUCAGGGUAAUGCAAACCUGGAUAUCCAGAAUGUGAACCAACAAACGGCCCUCCAUCUUGCUGUUGAACGACAGCACACCCAGAUUGUUAGGCUUUUGGUCCGAGCAGGUGCCAAAUUAGAUAUUCAGGAUAAGGAUGGGGAUACUCCUUUGCAUGAAGCUCUGAGGCAUCACACCUUGUCUCAGCUACGUCAGCUCCAGGAUAUGCAAGAUGUGGGGAAGGUCGAUGCUGCCUGGGAGCCAUCCAAAAACACAUUAAUAAUGGGACUUGGUACCCAGGGGGCAGAGAAGAAGAGUGCAGCAUCUAUUGCCUGUUUCUUGGCCGCUAAUGGUGCUGACCUUAGCAUUCGAAAUAAGAAGGGUCAAUCACCACUUGAUCUCUGUCCUGAUCCAAGUCUCUGCAAAGCACUGGCAAAAUGUCAUAAAGAAAAAGUCAGUGGUCAAGUGGGUUCUCGAAGUCCUUCUAUGAUUAGUAAUGAUUCUGAAACCUUAGAGGAGUGUAUGGUGUGCUCAGAUAUGAAGAGAGAUACUCUUUUUGGCCCAUGUGGACAUAUUGCUACCUGUUCUUUAUGUUCUCCACGAGUCAAGAAAUGCCUCAUCUGUAAAGAACAAGUUCAAUCUAGGACAAAGAUUGAAGAAUGUGUGGUAUGCUCAGACAAGAAAGCAGCUGUUCUUUUUCAACCGUGUGGACACAUGUGUGCUUGUGAGAACUGUGCUAACCUGAUGAAAAAGUGUGUGCAGUGUCGGGCAGUGGUUGAACGAAGAGUGCCUUUUAUUAUGUGUUGUGGAGGUAAAAGUUCAGAAGAUGCUACUGAUGAUAUCUCAAGUGGAAAUAUCCCAGUGUUACAAAAGGACAAAGAUAAUACGAAUGUCAACGCAGAUGUGCAGAAGUUGCAGCAGCAGUUGCAGGACAUUAAGGAGCAGACAAUGUGCCCAGUGUGUUUGGAUCGUCUAAAGAAUAUGAUUUUCCUCUGUGGCCAUGGAACGUGCCAACUCUGUGGAGACCGAAUGAGUGAAUGUCCAAUCUGUCGCAAGGCUAUUGAACGAAGGAUUCUUUUGUAUUAACAAGAAACCCAGUGUGUUUUGUUAGCUAAGGUAUUUGGUCAUGAGAUCUUAGUAAGCCUUUAAACUAGUUGGAGGUUCUAAUGAAUUAAUUUUGAAUAUUAUAGUUUCUUUACUAGAGUAUAAUUAAACUGUAAAUGUACUAGAACAAAAUAACUCUACAAAACAGUGUUUGAAGUCAUGUGUGUUUUUUUGUUUGGUUUUAUGUUUUUAUUUAAUUUGAAACAUCAAAUUCAUGUACUUAAUAGAUAAUUUAUUAUUGGCUGAGGGGAAAAUCUAUGAAGGAGGAAAAAUCCUUUAAAGAUCUUCUGUUAUAAAUUUGUUAGACCUCAGAAAAUACAUUUUGUUAUAACCUGCUAUCCUUCAGUUUAUUAUAAUUUGAUACAGUGAGUUGACACAGGUACUCAGAAAAGUUAUGCAUCAAACGAAAGGGGCAAGUCAAAUUAUUCUGUCACAUAUAGGGAAUAUUAAAGAGAGAAUUCUUUUUAAGUAACAUAAAGUUAUCCAAAUGAUUGUUUCUGAAUUCUUAGAGUAAAUGGAAGCAUAGAAUGAGAGAAUAAUGGCUUUGCAUUUAGCUUAUUUUCUAAAUUUAAAGGGAAAAGGAAACUUGAAUCAGUUGCCAGUGUCAAAAUGACAGGUAGACAUGAAAAGGAAAAAUUAUAGUGGGGAACUGAAGGGAGGAAAAUUAUUCAGUCAGAGAGUAUCUAUUAACUGCUGUUAAUGAUUGCCUUUCUUGUAAUUAUACACUGUUCUGUUCAGUCAGCCUUUAAAAAAAAUGCCUGUGAAAAGUAUUCCUCAGUUUUCCUUGUGGUUACUUAUCCAGGUUUGAUCUGUCCAGUGAAACAAUAAUACCCUGAUUGGUCUCUGAAGGUUCGAUUCAGCCUUUCUCAUAUACUCAACAGCAAUACCCUAGUGAUCUGAGAAGGAUAAUGCAUUGCCCAAAGGCAGCAGUCCUUUCUUCUCCGUGUCUGUUAAUUCUGACAGUGAUACUGAUUCUAGGCCUUGGCUUCCAUUCUCUCUCAGAUAGUGAGGCUUCCUAUAAAGAAAAUAGUCUCUCUUUAUACCUACAGACAAGGAAAUUAUUUAAACUGCCAACAAUACCCAAGACAUAGUAAAUAACCUAAAAAUAAAUACUUACUUUACAAAGAGUAACUAGGACAUUUACAGAAAUAUGUCCGAUUACCCGUAAAUUUUUUUAACUUAAACUUUGACUUUAGAGCAUCUAAUCAUUUUCUCUCCUUUGAAUGAGUAAUCUUACUAGGAUGUGUAUACACAUGAAUAAGAGUUUUGGGGUUCAUUGCUGCUAGGUUAUUAAGAUACCAGCUGUUUACAAUAGUGUCUACUAAAUACUCUGUGUAAGCUUACUCCUAAGUGUAGUUAUCUUGUUGGUAGUUUUCCCCCUCUGAAUCUGAUUCUUAAGUCAUUUUUUUUUUCUGCUACAACAACUAAUUUUGAAAGUAUAAAGUCUCUAGCCCUCAUAGCAUCAUGUUUCUGACUACUUAAUGGCUUCUGCCAUUGCAAAUGCUGGAGAAAACAUUGGUGAGCUUUGCUUGCUGAUUUUAUAGUCUUGGUAAUUCCAUAUCUGUGUUUAGCUGAGUAACAUCAUUCAGAAUAAAAUUUUUAUAAAUUUACAUUUGAAAAUUUAUUUGACUCUACUCAGUUAUCUAAUAAAGGGCCACUGAGGCUAUUUUCAAGCCAUAUUUUGAAGUUAUAAAAUGAUAAAACAUCUGACUGAUGAUGUUCCCCUAAAGAGACAAACUAUGCUCUUUUGGAUUUGAAGACCGUGUAAGUCAGGAUUUUCCUUUUCUUCCAUGCCCUGGGCCACCCAUCUCUUUCCUAAUAGAUCUGCUGGUAAGAGGGAACACCUGGCUGACUCAUGCAUAGUUUGGCCAACCAGAGGAUUUUAUGAUCUAGAGCUCUACUUAAAUCCUUUUUAUUUGUCUCCUGAGCUGCAGUGCUAAAACUUAUAUUUCUAAAAGGCAAUUUCAUCUUCCAGAUUUGUUUAUUCCCACCAUAUUAAAAAUAUAAUAACAUAAACUAUUACAAAAGGGAGUCACUAUAAUUAUAGUGCUAUGCACUUGUGAUUUUCUGUAUUUGUACCACUUUGAAAUUUACUUAACAAAUAGAAAAUGUUUCUCUAUUCACAUUUUCAACCACCUGAAAAAUUAUUUUAAAUUUAUUUGGGGAUCGUGAGAGAGAAUAGGAACUUACGUGACUUUCCUCUAACUGUGAAACUGCUACCUCUUAUUAUAUAUGUUGCUUAGCAGUACUUUCCCAGUUAGGUGUGUUUCCUUCUCAUUAUCAUCUCUUCAUCUUAUGCCUCAAAGAGCUUUUACUUUUCCUGGAAUCAUUUAAAAAAACAAAACUAAUAUGCACUCAUUAAAAAAUAUAUUGGCUUCAGGGGCUAGAUAUAGAACAUUGAAAAAAAUGGUCAGCUCCUUAGCACAUACAGAAUUUAUCAUGCAGUCAUAUAUUUGAAGUAAUCUAUCGACAAAGAGGGAUCCAAAGGUAUUGAUAGCAUUUCCUAAUGUUUUAUAAGAGUUAUCAAGUAGUAUUUGGAUUUUCUCUACCCCCUCACUGCUACCACAUUUUCUCUUUUAUUCUUCUAAGAUUGUCAGCUUUGAUACCCAAAACAUACAACUUACCAUAUGGUGGUGCUAUUCCAAUUGUUUUCUUCACAUAAUUUAACAUUGUUACUGCUUAUACUAUACUAUAUACAUACUUAAUUUUGUUGGGAGCAAGAUAGUUUUUCAAGAAAAGAUCAUUUUGUGUUAGUAUAUGAAUAUUAUAUUAGACAAGUGUUUAGUUUAGCUGGCUAAAUUAUGCUUGGUUAUUAAUUUUAAACAUUGCAAAUUGACCAGCUAGCUACUGAGGUAUAAAAUUAAUUGAUAAUGUUGAAAAUAAUUCUUAAAUUUAUAUAUUUGAUGGCUUUAGCCUGUAAGACUAUUCUAGCAUAUUGAAAUGCAUGUUGGUUAAAAUUUAUCCAAUUCAAAUUUCAAAGCUUGCUUCAUUUUUACAUGAUAGAAAUACACUCUCUAGUCUGUGUUGCCCAAUUGCCGUUUUUGUUUAUUAUCAAGUUUGAACCCUUUUGGACUAGGAAUUAGUUAAAUUUAUGAACUAAGAGACUUAGUGAUGGGGUAGGAUGGGGAAAAUAUUAGGGUUUUGCCAAAGUAAAAAAUAAAUGUCAAGUGUUUGAAUUAGAGGGAAAAGGGGAUCAUGUAGAUUUUAUUAAAGCAGUAAGUGGAGAGAGUGCAUUUAAUUGAAUAAUAGAAAGGGCCUUUCAACCAGUUUCCAGUGUAGUUUAAUUGACAAUUGCUUUGGAAAUUUCAGGCUUUGAUACAGCUUGCUUAAAAAAAAUAUCCAAAAGGAAAAGCACUGACCUUCUCGGAAUGUCUAAAGUAUUUCAUAGUAAUAAUUUGUGUAAAAAUUGAACUUUGGAAUAGAAGUUUUUGCAUUUCUUUAUUAUGAUAAGACAACAUGAAAUUUACCAUCUUAACCAUUUUCUAGUGUACAGUUCACUGGUGUUAAGUAAAUUCAGAUUAUUGUGAAACAAUCACAUCUUGAAAAAGUGACACUCUUUACCCAUUAAACAACAAACUCCUCCUUCUCCUCCCCCAACUGGAGUAGAAUUUGGAUUAAAUAUAAAAAGAAAUGCCUGAAUUAUCGUAAUUGUUAGUGUUUGCAAGAUCUAAAGUCCUGGUAAACAUCAAGUGUCUAAAAUUUGGGGGAUGACAGGACUUCUUCCCCCACUCAUACAGUUAUCAUCGGUCAUAAUUGAGUAGGUUUUAAAAGUCUGUUAAUUGGAAGGGUUUGUGAAUUCAUUUUGAACCAGAGGAAAGAAACACAUUUUAAACAUUAGAAUUAGUUAAGCUUUGAACUUGUACUAAAUUGGGAAGGUAAAAGAUUUUCACAAUUAUGUGUGCCUUGUUGAAAAAUGUAAGUUGUCUUUAAGUCUACAUGUAAUUGUUUCAAAUUUUUUUCCUCUCAAAAAGCAAUUUUAUUUGCUUGACUAUUAUGAUAGGAAUGCUUACUGAUAUUACUUAGUAGUCAUAUAUAGUCUUGGAACUUUAACAUUUAUAUAAAACUAUAAUAGUAUUAGUAAUUACAGUUGUACUUCUUUAAAACAUUAAAUUUGAGGAAAAACUAUUCAGUGCUGUCUCAUGUGUACAUUGCUUUGCUACAGUGAGGGGGACUCCUUUAGAUUGAACUUCAGUUUACUGAUAAAUGGUUAACAGUGGGUGAAAUGAGCAUUAAAAUAUGAACUAGAUAGUGGAGAUGAUGAGUUAAAAUUGUUAAGUUGCUACAUUAGCAUUUUCUACCUCCUUUUCUGUCAGAGUAUUUUUUCCAGCAUUUGUUCAUAUUUGUGACUAAGGAGGAGAUGGAAACCCGAGGUUAAAAUUGAAAUUUUUAGUUGAGGAUUUAAGGAGCAGGUACAGGAAAGGUGACUUGCUACGUCAAUUUGGUACUUAAAUCCAUAACAACAAGUUGAAUUGACACUUAUAAAAUGUGUAAGAAAGACAAUAUUGCCGAUAGCUUACUUUUCCUUACAGUCUAUUUGAUUUUGUUUCAUAAACAUGACUUCUUUCCUCCAAAAAGCAAAACUGGUCUUGUAAUUUUCUAUAAAGUAAAUAAUGUGCCAUUUUGGCCGAAAUCUGUAAUUUCAGGAAGCUAUUGAAAGUUCUGACUCAGGGCUUUUUAACAGUUGAAGCAAUUGGUAAUUAUAUUUUGGAAAAUUCAUCUAUACAAUUCUUUAGUGCCUUGAAAGAAUUAUUAACUUGGCAACACUACUAAAAAUCUAUAGAAGGCAUAGUGUGCGUGUAUUAUCCUACACAUGUUUAUAAGUUGUAUUGCUUAAGCUUGUGUAAUAGCGAUACUGUAUUGUGCUAGGUUUGGGUAAUUCUUUAAAGGAAGUCUUCUAGAUUUGCACUUGAUAGUUUUUCGUGUUUUUUUUAACUGAUUGUUUAUGGCCACUACACUGUUACCAGAAGGGUAAUUCUAUGUUAAGUCAUUAUGCAAAGCCAUGUAUAAUUAGCCUCUGGGAAGAGGAGAUAGGGCUCAGUUUGCCAUUUUAAUAUGAAAUGAGGAUCUGUUUGGUAAACACAGAUGGUCUUCCUCUCAAAUGAAAAAGAAACCUUUUGUUCAAGUGAUUUCAGUUUAAAGAAAUUUUUGGGGGUGGGAGUGGAAAUCAGGAAUUGCUUGUCAUUAUGCUAGUCUUACUGCUAGUCUUGCUUAGGUUGAAUCCACAAAAUUACUUUUAAGUUCAGUAUGCUUGUAUCAUCCUAAAUACUGUAUAUUCAGUUAUAGAAAGCAAUUGAAUUGACUCAGUAGAGUUUUGCUUUGUAUUUUUUUCAGUGGUUUUUAGCUUUCACUUGAUUAAAUUUAAAGUCUUGUUUGUGAAUAUAGUUUUUGUAUGGCAAAUGAUUCUUGCUUAUUAGCUUUUUUUUUUUAAAAAGGUGUUUAGCAAGAGCUAAGCUUUUAAAAAUAAAUGCAAACAUUUAUCAUUAAUAAAACCUAUGAUGUAAUAUCAUUAUGGAAUGCUUUCCUCUGAUCUUUUGAACCUGUUCUUUAUAGACAUACACAUGAAUUUUGAUAAGGCAUUUGAAAACAAAUCUCAAUAUAUCAACUCUUUUAUUAUAAGGAAAUAAAUUUCUAUGUCUUUCAGAAACAAGGACACACAUCUCCAACUCAAUAAGAUACAGUGUCCACAUCUAGAAGGCUCUCAUUACAGUUGUUUACAUAUAAGGUACCUCUAUCUAAAGGGCCAAAGAAGUUUUUCGUAUUUUAACACCUUGAACUCUUUCAGGAUUAAGAUAUAUUGUGAAAGUAGUCUGAAUAGGAUCAUUUAAUAGAAAAUAAGUCAAUUAGUUAGGAAAACUCAGCUUUUUCUAUAAAAAGUUUGUUCCUCUUCACAAUUCAGAUAUAGAUUUCAUUUUCAAGAGUAGCCAAGUAAAUUUUGUGACUAAAUUAGUAAUUGAGUGGUUUGAGGAUUAUUUUAUUUCUCAACGUUAAUAGAAGCACUUGUGAAGUUAUUGAGAGGUUGUCUAGUUUGAGUUCAAAAGAUUGAGCAUGUGUCUCUCAGACGUUUAAGAGGAAAGCUGUCUGAAACAAUCUUUUUGAAUUGUUUAUUUGAAAAAACAUGUAUUUCAACUUCAAAAUUGUGAAUUUAUUUUUGGAUAACCUCUAACUGUAUUUUUGUUUUUCUGUUGCUGUAUAAUUAGAUAUUUUGUGGCAAUAUUUUAUUAAAUGAAACUGUAUAGGUUUUAAAAAUAAAGCCAUUGUAGAAAAUU